CGCCCCCUCGCCUCCCUUGUUUUCAAACGGAGGGGGCGUGGGUGAUUGGCUGCCGCGGGGGCCACGUGACUAACGGUCGCGGGAAAGCCGCGGAGUCCGAACGAGAAGGGGUGGCAGCGCCGUGUGAGGAGGAGGAAGAGGAGGAGGAGGAAGAAGAGGAGGAGAGCGGAACGGUUGGGCCUCGCGCGAGUUGGGAUCGGCGCUGCUGCUGUCAGCGCGGAGGAGGAGGAGGAGGAAGGCGGAGGAUCGCCUCAGUCAGCGGCAGCAUGAGUUUCCUCAGCCUCCAGCAGCAGCAGGCGGCGAGGUCUCGUCGCCUCACGGCCGCCCCGAUCCGGCAGAAGCUCCUCUUUCCGGGCGGCGGGAGCGAUUGCGAGGACGACGACGAAGAAGACGAGGAGGACUGUUAUGAGGAGGAGGAGGAAGAAGAAGGCAGGAGCAGCUGCAACAGCACCGGGGAGGACUCCGCCUUCCAGGAGGCCGACUCCCCGCUCUCCGCCAGCCGCACCCCGGCCAAGCGGAAGCCUCCUCGCCCGCCCCAGGAGGAGGAAGAAGAGGGGGCGGCCAUGGAGCUGGCCCCCGCCGGGCGAGGAGGCGAGGAGGAGGAGGGCGACUCGUGGGAGGAGGAGGGCUUCGGCUCCUCCUCGCCCGUCCAGUCCCCCGGCGCCUACUUCGCCGCCGGGUCGCCCCCGCUGCUCCCCGCCGCCUCGGCCUCUGCUGCUGCUGCUGCUUCUUCCGCCUCCCCUCUCUUGCUCCUCCGGAGCCCCCAGCCCCCGCUCCCCGGCACGCCGCCCCACAAGACCUUCCGCAAGCUGCGCCUCUUCGACACGCCCCACACGCCCAAGAGUCUGCUUUGCAGAGCGGAAAGAAUGGGCUCAAGUUCAGCUAAACUCCGAGGUGGCUCUCUCUUUAUGAAUGUUGGAAAACUAGUAAAACAAGAAUCCGACAUGGGUCAAGCCCCUCACGUGAACAUUAAUCCCUUCACUCCAGAUUCUCUCUUCCUUCAGUCUUCAGUUGGACAGUGUCGCAGAAGAAAGAGAACGCACUGGAACAACUCUUAUUGCGAAGACAUGGAAGCAAGUGAUGGAGAGCUGGAAGAUGAAACUGUCAGACCUGCUAAGCGGAUCAGCAUAACAGAAAGUAACAUGAAAUCACGAUAUGCCACAGAAUUUCAUGAGCUAGAGAAGAUUGGAUCUGGAGAGUUUGGUUCAGUAUUCAAAUGUGUGAAAAGACUCGAUGGUUGCAUCUAUGCAAUAAAACGAUCUAAGAAGCCAUUGGCUGGUUCAAUUGAUGAGCAAAAUGCUCUUAGAGAAGUCUAUGCUCAUGCAGUUUUGGGACAGCAUUCUCAUGUAGUCAGAUAUUUUUCUGCCUGGGCGGAAGAUGACCAUAUGCUUAUACAGAAUGAAUAUUGUAAUGGUGGCAGUUUAGCUGAUGCCAUAAGUGAAAACUACAGAAAUAUGCGCUAUUUCAGUGAGCCUGAAUUGAAAGAUCUACUACUUCAGGUUGCUCGUGGUUUAAAAUAUAUCCAUUCAAUGUCAUUAGUACACAUGGAUGUAAAACCUAGCAAUAUAUUUAUAUCUCGAACCUCAAUUCCAUCCACAAUAUCUGAAGAUGGUGAUGAUGACGAGUGGUCAUCUAGCAACGUUGUAUUCAAAAUAGGAGAUCUUGGUCACGUCACUAGAAUUUCCAGUCCACAAGUGGAGGAAGGAGAUAGUCGUUUCCUUGCCAAUGAGGUUUUACAAGAGAACUAUAAUUCUUUACCAAAAGCUGAUAUUUUUGCCCUUGCACUAACUGUGGUGUGCGCUGCUGGUGCUGAACCACUGCCAGCCAAUGGAGACCAGUGGCAUGAAAUACGACAAGGAAAACUGCCUCGAAUUCCACAAGUACUUUCUCAGGAGUUUUUAGAGUUAUUGAAAACUAUGAUACACUCUGAUCCAGAGAAAAGACCUUCAGCAGUUGCUCUAGUUAAGCAUUCUGCACUAUUAUCUACUGCCAGGAAGAGUGCUGAACAACUGCGAAUAGAACUGAACGCGGAGAAGUUCAAAAACUCUUUGUUACAGAAGGAAUUAAAGAAAGCACAGAUGGCAAAGGCAGCAGCUGAGGAACGAGCACAGAUUACAGAUCGAAUGGCAACUCGAUCUACAGUACAGACCAGAACGGCUCGUCUUCAUGGAAAGAAAAUGAACCGCUCAGUUAGCCUCACAAUAUACUGACUUGAUCAUUCCAUAAAACUGGCAAAGGAAAUGGAUGGAAUAUUGCUGGACUACAUUAAGAAUGGAAGAGAGGAUUCUGUUUCUUAUUUUCUCUUUAAUCACUGUCACUGCUUUUUAAAAGGAGCCUUUUACAGUUUUAAAUUUACCAAAUGCAGUUAAGUAACUGUUUUUCUAAAUCCUCAAAAGAAUCUAGGAUGUUAACUUCCAAGCCUUUCAUUUACACCUUCUGGAGCUAACCACUAGGAGGGUGGUGGGCUGCUUUUUAGUUUUGAUGAAAGGCAUUUACCUAGACGUCUUCAGGAACUUUGUAAACUGGCUCUAUUUGGAAUAGAGGGAAGAGAUGCCAAAUGCUAGAGGCUAGCAGGUUGAACCAUACCUGGUGCCAGGUAAACUGUUGUGAAUGUUGUGUAUUCAACUGGGAGCACUUUGUUAGACAUUGCGUAGACCACAGGAAUAAGGCUGUGGAAACAUGCCAUGUGAAACUGCUGCUAUUUUUAGUUUGUCCUUGCUGUAAAACUGUAGCAUUAAAACAAUCAUUGUGUUAGCAGGCUUUCUUCUUAAAGAAAAUUAUGUGAAAAAUGUCAAAGCUGCCUUAGGGAAAGCAGCAUCCUUCUCUAAAGCUAGUGUACUAUGUACAGUCAUUGCGCCAAUUUUAUAUUUGAAUUACAUUAUUAGUGUAAAUAUUUUUGUUUUGUAAUUCUUUCUAAUAAAAGUUCUCUAAAACAUCAAUCUUCUCCUUUCUCCUCCUCCUCCUCCUCUUCCUUCCUCUGUUAAUAUUUGAAUGUUUGCUUUUUUCAUAACUGUACAUAGAUGUACUGUUUUACCAUUUUUCAACAUGAAUGUAUUUAGCUGUUCUUAUAGUGUAUCAUAUUGAAGGCUGUAGUUUGAGAUGGCAGGAGAUUCUAUACAAAGAUAUUUCAGCGUUAGAUAAUAUAAAUUGGCCCUUCUGAUAAUUUGUUCUGGUGUUGACAAAAUAUAUGCUAUCCAUUAUGGGUGUUUGGUUUGAACCAAUGUUUUCCCACUUGAAAUGUUUCACUUUGUUUUAAUUAGUAUUGAAUUGGAAUAUUAAAGUGACAUUUUGAAAUUAA